CUUCACUCACGCCCUUCGGCACCCCCUCCUCCAGCAUGGCUCACCCCGUCUCAUCGACAGCUUCAGGAGGCGCUGAUCCCGUCAAGGAUCUCACAGAUGGAGCAAAACAGCUUGCGGUGAACGAGGCCGAGCAACAGCAGCCGCAGCAGCCCAAGAAGGAAAAGGCGGCGCCAAAGGACAAGUCACAACAGCAGCAGCAGCCAAAGGAGAAGAAGGAGAAGAAGGCCAAAGCAGGAGCCGAGGGCGGAUCAAAGAGGGCACUUGAGAUCACGCCUGCCCCAGACUUUUUUGCCUCCCGCAUCGCCCUCUUUGACCGACUCAAGGCUGAGCAGGACGAGAUCAAGGCAAAGAAGCCUCGCAAUGAGAUCACAGUCACGAUGCCCAAUGGCUCAACACGCAAGGCGACAGCAUGGGAGACCUCCCCGCUCGACAUUGCAAAGGAGAUUAGCAAGUCUCUCAGCGAGCGCAUCGUCAUCUCCAAGGUCGACGACCAGCUGUGGGAUCUGCCUCGUCCGCUCGAGGGAGACUGCCGCCUCGAGUUCUUCGACUUCGACACGCCCGAGGGAAAGCGUGUCUUUUGGCAUUCGUCGGCCCAUUUGCUCGGCGAGGCUGCUGAGAGGCACUACGGCUGCCAUCUCUGCAUCGGCCCCCCAAUUGAAGACGGCUUCUACUACGAGAUGGGAAUGGGAAUGAGCGAGGGUAGCACCGUCGUCCCCGAAGACUUCUCUGCGCUUGAGUCGAUUGUCAACUCGGCCAUCAAGGAAAAGCAGACCUUUGAGCGCGUGGUAGUGACUAAGGAGAACCUCCUCGAGAUGUUUGGGUACAACAAGUACAAGAAGCACAUCAUCGAGUCCAAGAUUGCAGACGGCACGUCGACGACGGUUUAUCGUUGCGGUCCCAUGAUCGACCUGUGUGUCGGCCCGCACAUCCCACACGCUGGCCGCAUCAAGGCCUUGUCCAUUCUCAAGGCAUCGGCCUCAUACUUCCUGGGCAACCAGGCCAACGACUCCCUGCAGCGCCUGUAUGGCAUUGCCUUCCCGGACAAGAAGCAGAUGACCGAGUACAAGCAGUUCUUGCUCGAGGCGGCGAAGCGCGAUCAUCGACGUAUUGGAAAGGAUCAGGAACUCUUCUUGUUCCACGAGCUCUCGCCCGGCUCCUGCUUCUGGCUCCCCCACGGCACCCGCAUCUACAAUACGCUCACGGAAUUCAUGCGCAACGAGUAUCGCACGCGCGGCUUCCAAGAGGUCAUCUCGCCCAACAUGUAUCACUCGAAAUUGUGGGAGACGUCAGGCCACUGGGCAAAUUACAAGGACGACAUGUUCACCCUCGGCGUGGACAAGGAACUCUUCGCCCUCAAGCCGAUGAACUGCCCGGGGCACUGCCUCAUGUUUGGCGCACGCGAACGAUCCUACCGCGAGCUUCCACUGCGCUUCGCAGAGUUCGGCGUCAUUCACCGCAAUGAAGCGAGCGGCGCCCUCUCUGGCCUGACCCGAGUGCGUCGCUUCGUCCAAGACGAUGCCCACAUCUUCUGCAUGAUCUCCCAAAUCGAGGACGAGGUCACCUCUGCCUUCCACUUCCUCAACUCCGUCUACGGCAAGUUUGGCUUCCAGUUCAAGUUGGAGCUGUCCACUCGCCCGGAGAAGUAUCUGGGUGAGAUUGAGACGUGGGACCUAGCGGAGAGCAAGUUGCAAGCUGCACUGGACAAGUUUGUUCCCGGCAAGUGGGAGUUGAACCCGGGAGAUGGAGCAUUCUACGGACCCAAGAUCGACAUUACCAUUUCAGACGCGAUGAAGAGGCAAUUCCAGUGUGCGACAAUCCAGCUGGACUUCCAGCUGCCGCAGCGCUUCGGAUUGCACUACAGGGCAAAGAAUAGCGCCACGAACACGGCAGGCAAGAUUGAGGAUGGCGAGGCAGCGGCAGCUCCUGCAUCAGCGCCGGCCGCAGCGGCACCACCAGCGCCAGCACCAGCAGCAGGUGCAGGGCCACCAACACCUGCCGGCGCCAACGCGACCGCCUCCAAAGAGCUCAAUGCCGACUUUGAGCGCCCUGUCAUGAUCCACCGCGCUAUCCUCGGCUCGCUCGAACGCUUCAUCGCCAUUCUCACGGAGCACUUUGCUGGCAAGUGGCCAUUCUGGGUCUCACCUCGUCAAAUCUGCAUCAUCCCCGUCACCCUUUCCUGCUACGAGUACGCCCAAGAAGUUCGCGAUCUCCUCCACUCGCGCGGCUUCUACUGCGACGUAGACCUCGGACCGGACACGUUGCAGAAGAAGAUUCGCAAUGCUGAGAUUGCCCAGUACAACUUCAGCUUCGUGGUGGGCGUGGCGGAAAGGGACUCGAAGAGUGUCAACGUGAGGAAUAGGGACGAGGCGGGGCAAAAGGCGCGUAAUGAUGAGACGGUCGAGUUGGUCAAGGUGGUGGAGUUGCUGGAGAGGUUGAGAGAGGAGAGGAGGUUGGAGAACAAGCUCACUGCAGCGAAGGAGGCCAGCGCUGCUGCCUGAGUGCGACAUGAUAGCAAUGAGAAGUCGUAAGAUUGCAUUGUGCGCAGAUUACCUCUUGCGCUUUCCUCCCGAACCACCACGACCUUCGCCGUCCCUCUUCCUAGCUAGGGCGAGGGCUCCCUCCCCCUUUGACUCGAAUCGAACUGCCUUUCUCGCAUUGACAACAUCCCCCUUGUUGCUGCCGUCUAGACCCUUGAGCAAUGCCAAUUGCCUACCACGCUCCCCCGCCGUAUCAGCCUCAUUGCUCUCAAAGUGACGUCGUUGUCCCUUUGGCCUUGCCUUGUCCUCUCCCUC